AUGGCGGAUCAAAUAUAUCAUAAAUUGAUUAAUGAAAAUAUAAAAAUGUUAUGUAAUGAUUUACUACCGAAUGAAAAGAAAGAUGAGAAAAAAAAAGAAUAUUAUAAUAAUAUGAAUAUUAAUUGUUCUUCCAAGUGUGAAGAAUUAUGUAAUAAUAUAAAUGACAGAUUACAAAAAAUAAAAGACAUUGUACAUCUUAGAUCAACAAAGGCAAAUGGUAUUCUUAUUGAAACUUUAAAUUAUAUUAAAGAAUAUAUUAAGGAAAUUGAAAAAUAUAUCCAAAUUUUUAAUAAAUUAAUUUACGAAGAAAAUAGGGCUUAUCUCUUUAUUGAAGAAAUUUUUAAUACACUAGAAAAUCAAAAUCAAAAUAUUCAAAAAAUUUAUAAUAUAUGUAGUAAAAAUAUUGUAAUCACAAAAAAUAACAAUGAACUUAUUUUAAAAAAUCCAAAAGCAUGUUCUUCUCUUUCAUAUGAGUUUGUUAAUAAUUUGAUGAAUUCAGGACAACAGAAAAAUAAUAAUAAUAAUAAUAAUAAGAAAGAGCAAAUAGUACAGCAACAUAACAUAGAAAAUCAAGGAGCAAAUUAUUUGAAUUAA